AUGGCUAGGUGGUCUGCAGCUCUCUGUUUGCUUGCUGGGUUGUUUGCGGGGCACUUUGGUGCGGAUGCGAUUACGGUGCCCAUCCAGGGCCACCGUCGAUCUGGGAAGUGGUGGGAGACUCUUGGUGGGGUGUUGCAGAAGCAACGGAGGGCGGGGAUCGUUGAUUUGCAGAACGCGGGGGAUCUGCAGUACUUCACUAACAUCACGCUGGGAGGGCAGCAAUUUCGCGUCCUGGUGGACAGCGGGAGUGCGGACCUAUGGGUGGCGGGAGACGUCCCCGGGUCAAACAGCACCACCCACAACGCUACGAUCAACUACAAUGAUGGAUCCGUCAGUGGCCGGAUCCAGACUGCGACGCUUGGAAUCGAGGGCUACACCAUCUCAAACCAGGCUUACAUCUCGCAGGAAGUCACUGAGAGUUAUCCCGAGGGCGAAGGUAUCCUAGGUCUGGGUCCCAGUCGCUUGUCCUCGGUUCUGGCGGCACUGGGUACCCCUAAAGGCGACCCUCCGCUGGACAGGCUUUUCCAAGAAGUCACGUCCUUGCCCAGCUACAUCUCCAUCCUGCUGGGUCGGUCGAAUGACCCCGACAGCCCUAUUCCAGGACAACUGACGAUUGGAGAGGUUCUUUCGGACUACGGCGACGUUACAUCGAGUCCACAGCUACCCAUCGAGCGAGUUGACUGGAACCAGCACUGGAUGGUUGCAUUGGAUAAGGGCGGGAUCACCGGGCCCGACGGAAAGCCUAUUAAGGCCUCUGUCGACAAGCAACUCAAGGUGAUCUUCGACUCCGGAUAUACGCUGCCACAGGUACCGAAGUCUGUCGCGGACGCGAUCUACGCUCGAGUGCCGAAUGCGACGUAUGUGAACAUAUCUGCGGCAGACACUCCCGUAUGGACACUACCGUGCGACGUGGAGCUGAACAUCACUUUCACGUUCGCGGGAGUCUCCUACCCAGUUCACCCUCUUGACACGGUCAUGGACGAUCUACGAGGGCCCCCGGACAGCUCGGGACAGCCGACGUGCGUAGGGUCCUUCCAACCAAUGUCUUCGACUCAGCCGUAUGACAUCGUCCUCGGGAUGGCUUUCCUUCGGAACGCAUACAUCCUCAUGAACUUCGGCGACUUCGUGGACGGCUCGACGGAACAGGUCGGGGACCCGUUCGUGCAGCUACACGCGCUCACGGACCCGGUCGAGGCGCACGGAGACUUCGUUCAGCAGCGGCUCGGCGGCAUCGACACGACCGGCCUCCAGACGCUCCUCCCGGCCACAGAGGAGGAUACCUCCGCAGGCGUGAAGGCGCCCGGGCGCAUGCCAUACCUCCCCUGGACUAUCGUCGCAAGCGUGCUCGGGGGCCUUCUGGUCGCAUUCCUGGUCGCGUAUGUUUUUAUCUGGCGCCGCGGUCGCAAGUAUCGGCGGGUGCACGAAAACGCGCCCUCUGGCCUCGAAGAGGGAAAACGGUCACUGUCACCGUCAAACGAGAAACCGCCUGAGAUCGCCAUGGCGGACAAGGCGUUCGGACCGAGAUCGUCGGAGGCGGACACCGACACGCUCUCGCGAAAGGUGGACACGGAUGAGCUCAUCUGGGGCCACCGGUCGCGUAAGCCGAAGGGCAUCCUUGCAGUAACUCGGGAGUCAUCCGCGGCAUCGAGCACCGAGCAGCUCCUCCCUGGAACCGCUAGCAGCAGCACGUCGCACGAGACGUCCGAGGAGUCUGCGCCGCUGGCUUCAGACGACAAACCACUUCCCAACCCGUAUGCCGAUGCUUCCCUUCCCCCGACCCCUCUUGCAAAUUCAAUGGAGGAUCGACCCCUACCGAACCCCUACACCGGCGCGCCUGCGACGACGUCCCCAACCGCGAAGAACGACCGCCCAUUACCUCUGACAGAUGUUCGACGUACACCCUCCCCCGCGCCCGCGAUGCGCAAUGCAACCUUGCCUCCACCUGCGCCAGCACCGACGAACGCAACUCAGCCCUUGCAAACGAAGAGGGCCCGCCCCCUGCCUGACCCGCGUGCGUACACGCCCCGGGUUGCGGAUGUAUUCGACGUGUCUCGUGCGCGGACAUCGUCAAUAUACAAGCUCCCUCCGCUCCAGUUCUCCAGCGCCGACCUCGCGGGACCACAUGCUGGUGCCCGCCCUCCGCCUGCUUCGUGA